CGACUAACCAACAUCACUUACCCCACUGGCAGAGUAAGCAGCUACCGCACAGAAGCCGACAGUUCGGUCCGCAUCCAGACAGAGGGCUCCAGUAGAGAGGAUAUCACAGUCACCACCAACUUGUCUGCCUCUGGCAACUUCUACACACUUUUGCAAGGAAUCCCCACGAGAAGUUCAUUACAGUAAUCAAGUCUGGAGAGGACGAAGGCAUGAACAAACUUCUCUACAUCUGCAGGUUAAAGACUUCUGGGAAGAUCAAAGGAGAAAACACAACAGGCCUCAGUGAAGGAAAUAGUUCAUACUGAGUCCUGCUGGUGCAAAAUCUGAAAAAGACUCCAACUUGCACCAACUGCUUCAGGUUUCUCCUAACCCUAAACCUGCCAUCGUCAUGAUGAGGUGAUGAAGAUCCUCCGUCGUACUGAUCAUCAGUGUAUCUGUUAUUUCUGCACUAUGGCUGAAUUUAAAGGUCAUGAACCAGUCAAAGCUACAGCAGAACCAGAACCCAGAAUAUCUAAGGAAAUGUUUGAAAAUGAAAAAUUUAUCAUCAACCAAAGUACGGAAAAAAUAUCUGUUUACAUCUGCGGGGGUGGGUGCAUUUACAUCCUAAACAAAAACCUUUGUUUACAUCCUAAACAAAAACUUUUGUUUAGGAUGUAAACAAAGUACUUUACAUCCUAAAAUACAAAAGCCUACUUUUGUUUAUUUGCUGGCUGGUGAUUUUCCCAUAAGCUAAAGUUACAUUUGACUAGAUGACUAAAUAAAGAUAACAAAAAUAAACAGACUUUCAAACAACUAAGUGUCACUGAAAUGUUUCUCAAAAAGACAAGAAACAAAACAAAUAUUGUCGCUUCACCUACUACUGCUUAGGAACUGACCGUCAGGUGCAAUGCUGCAUUUUCUAUAUGCCGAGUGCAUCGCACGCAUGUGUCCCAUAUUUAUGUGGGUCAGGUGCAUCGUGUUGGUUUUGUGCACCACACGCAUGAUGUGCUUUGGGGAAUGUGGUUGCGUUCAUGUUGAUCAGGUGCGCUGGCGGCUUUUGUUCGUGUCCUCCCAUAAUAUCCUGCAGGCUUCUCCGGCCUCACACACUCUUCCUCUGUUUCUCUUUCAUCGCCACUCAUAAUGUCACUUUGGUCUUGAGCUUGUUAUCCUUUUCAUCACGCAGAGGUCCAGACUUUUGAAACCCACUGAAAAAAGCCAUAUAUUAACUGCAUCCUUCUGGUCAAAAAGGGAGAAAAUCGUAGCGACUGAAAACUACAGUUUUAUGUUUCUUUAUUAGUGGAUUUCUAGAACAGUCUAGAAUUUAUUUAUUGUGUAUAAUUUCCUAAAUGUUCUGUCUAUAAUCUUUGCUUAACUGCCUCAUUUGUAAUUUGACCUUGCAAUGGAUUCUCUGUCUCGGAUAAUUUCAAUCUACUCUGCAAAUAAAAAUCUUAUAAAUUGUUUCUUAGUGACUUAAUGGGUUGAAGAACUCGUAUUUCUUUAAUUAAAAUAGAAAAGGGAGAGCCUUAAGAUAAGCCCAUAAUCAAAUUAAAGUUGAAGUUUAUACGUUUGUGUUUCCUAUAGAAAACCAACCAGUUUAGCAGGUUAAAAACAUCAUGACACGUAUUUCAAGCAUGAAAUCUGUGUUGUUUGCCUUCCUCAGGCAACACAGAUAAAAGUGUCCAAAACCUUUUCAAUACUUCAUUAGAUCAGACCCCAAGUUACCCAAAGAAAUGAGGUAAAUAUGUUUAACAGUCAAGUAUUAAGAUUGCAGAUGAAGCAUACACUGAUUGGCACCAGUGUAUGCUAAUGUUGCAGAUUUAAAAUGAUCUUUCACCUGGAUUGAAAUAUGGCAUGACACCACUCCCAUUUUGAAAAAAAGGCAGUUUAACAGUUUAUUUCCUGGUUCUUUCAUUUAAACCUCAGACACAGUCCAACCGACUGCAUUGUGAAGUUGAGGUUGCAGCAGGUUGACAAAUCAACCUGCUGGAGUUCAGUGAGAAAGACAAAUUCUGGUUUGGUUUAUUUUACAGCACAUCUAUUUGCAAAACAGGAAAGGAUUACUACCGACGUUCAAAGGUGAAAUGGCACAGAGACGAAAUCAGACAGCGUCAGCUAAAUACUCCUGUUCCAUCUGUUUGGAUCAACUGAAGGAUCCAGUGACUAUUCCCUGUGGACACAGCUACUGUAUGAACUGUAUUAAAUGCCACUGGGAUGGAGAAGAUCAAAGGAAAAUUCACAGCUGCCCUAAGUGCAGGAAAGAGUUCAUACCAAGGCCUGUCCUGGAGAAAAACAUCAUGUUAGCUGAUUUGGUGGAGGAUCUGAAGAAGACUGGACUCCAAGCUGCUCCAGCUGAUCACUGCUAUGCUGGACCUAAAGAUGUGGCCUGUGAUUUCUGCAGUGGGAGGAAGAGGAAAGCUGUCAAAUCCUGUCUGGUCUGUUUGGUUUCUUAUUGCCAAAAGCACCUUCAACCUCAUUAUGAAUCACCUACAUUUAAAAAACAUAAUCUGGUUGAAGCGUCUACUAAACUUCUGCAGAAUAUCUGCUCUCGUCAUGAUGAGGUGAUGAAGAUCUUCUGUCGUACUGAUCAGCAGUGUAUCUGUUAUCUCUGCACUAUGGAUGAACAUAAAGGCCAUGAAACAGUCCCAGCAGCAACAGAAAGAGCUGAGAAACAGAAGGAGCUCCAGGAGAGUCGACAACAAAUCCAUCAGAGAAUCCAGGACCAAGAGAAAGAUGUGAAGCUGCUUCAACAGGAGGUGGAGGCCAUCAAUGUCUCUGCUGAUAAAGCAGUGGAGGACAGUGAGAAGAUCUUCACUGAGCUGAUCCGUCUCCUCCAGGAAAGAAGCUCUGAUGUGAAGCAGCAGAUCAGAUCCCAGCAGGAAACUGAAGUGAGUCGAGUCAAAGAUGUUCAGGAGAAACUGGAGCAGGAGAUCACUGAGCUGAAGAGGAAAGACGCUGAGCUGGAGCAGCUCUCACACACAGAGGAUCACAACCAGUUUCUCCUCAACUACCCCUCACUGCCAGCACUCAGUGAGUCUACACACUCAUCUAGCAUCAACAUCCGUCCUCUGAGACACUUUAAGGACGUGACAGCAGCUGUGUCAGAGCUCAGAGACAUAAUGCAGGACGUCCUGAGAGACACAUGGACAAACAUUUUACUGAAGGUCACUAAAGUGGAUGUUAUAUUGUCAGAACCAGAACCAAAGAACAGAGCUGAAUUCUUAAAAUAUUCACAAAAAGUCACUCUGGAUCCAAACACAGCACACAGGAAGCUGUUUUUAUCAGAUGGAAAUAGAAAAGUAACAUCAAAACUUCCCUCAUCUUCUGUAUUGCGGUAUCAUUUCAGUGAUCCAGACAGAUUCACUGAUUAUAAUCAGGUUCUGAGUAGAGAGAGUCUGACUGGACAUUGUUAUUGGGAGGUGGAGAGGAGAGGAGGAAGAGUUGCUGUAGCAGUUUCAUACAAGAACAUCAGCAGAGAAGGAAGGUCAGAUAAGUGUGCAUUUGGAUUUAAUAACAAAUCUUGGUCAUUAUAUUGCAACAGAAACAUUUACACUUUUUAUCACAACAAUAUUGAAACUCCAGUAUCAGGUCCAGUUUCCUCCAGACUAGGAGUGUUCCUGGAUCACAGAGCAGGUAUUCUGUCUUUCUACAGCAUCUCUAAAACCAUGACUCUCCUCCACAGAGUCCAAACCAGAUUCACUCAGCCGCUACAUGCUGGGAUCCGGCUGUUUGAUGAGGCAGAUUUUGCUGAGUUCAUUAAAGUCAAAUAGAGUCAGAACAGCAUAAAUGAACCAGUGACAUACUCACACCUAGGGAGUGCGGGAGGAAGCCGGAGUACCCAAAGAGAACUCACGCAUGCACAGGGAGAACAUGGAAAAUCCAUGCAGAAAGACCCUGGGGCGG